UUUUGAUUAAUCACAAUGGUCCCUUUCUCUUCCAAAAGUUUGUUAUAACAAAUCCAGCGGUUGAACAAAGUAAUUAACAUUCUUGAUUACUCUUUACUUUUGUAUAUAGUAAAUUUGUACUACUUGGUCCAAGUCAAUGAUGACCAGGAGAAAUAUGGGGCAAAAUAAAGCUUAAGGAAUAAGAAGGUGAAAAUUGGGGCAAAAUAAAGCAAGGAAGAAGAACAAGAAAGAUAACUUCUUCCCCAAUUACCCCAACACCUCUAAUUUAAUUGAAGUAGACCCAAUCACAAUUUUGAAGGCCAUCAGGAGAGAGCUGCUCAUUUCAGAGCUGAAGUAUAUUUUCCAUUUGGUUUUGGUGGAUGAGUGCUCUCACCCGGAAGAUUCAAUGUCUUUGCGCUUAAGAAAGGAUAAUGGGUACCCCUAGAGAAGAGGCAACAGAUGAAGUGUUCCCCGAGAAUUUAGAGCAGAAGAUGGAACCUGACCCUGACCCGGAUCCUGCUCCUGCCCCUGCAACCAGCAAACCAGAGUUAAAUGAGAAAAGGAGCUUUGAAUCAUUUUCAGCUGAUGUUGUUUCUGGUGAGCUGCGGAAGAGACUGAGUGCUGAUGCUGAUGCACAAGCAUCAAAAAAUAAUCAAGAGGAAAGUAAACAUCCUUCAACAUGCCAAGAAGUGUCAAGUAAAGUCCAGCUUAGUCAAAGUAAUAAAAGGAUUAAGAGUGAGGCUGAUGCAUCGGGAUCUAGUCAACUUUCUAGUUUACCAAAGGACUCGGAUGCAAAAUCAUGUGGAUCAGAAUCUGGUGUAGAAGACAAAGUGGUUCCCCUACUAUCUGGUAAGGCUUCAGAUUCUUCUGGUCAAAUGCAAAGUCCGAACACGGAAGUUUCUGCAUCAGAAUCUUAUCAACAACGAGUGACUUAUCCCAUAAAGCAUGAGAAAGCUUUGGAUAAGUUGCAACCAAGGCGGAACCCUGACACUAGUGUCCACGGGAUGACAUCUGAUCAAGCAGCGACUCUCUUCAAGGUACCUGAAAAACCAUCGGAAGAUGGACAUAACUGGAGAAAGUAUGGUCAGAAGCUUGUCAGAGGAAAUGAGUUUACUCGGAGUUAUUACAAGUGCACAUAUUCUAAUUGUCUAGCAAAAAAACAAGUGGAGAGAUCACAUGACGGGCAUAUUACAGAUAUCCACUAUAUCGGGAAGCAUGAACAUCCCGAAACUCUAAGUGGUCCCCAGACCUCCCCCGAGUUGGUACUCCCUUUGCAAAUGAGACGACCAGACAUUCCAAUUAUCACUAAAUUAGAAGCUGAAAGCAAGAAAUCUACUGCGCCCCGAGAAACAUGUGAACCUAGGAAACCAUCAGAGGCUCCGCUUGCGUUGGACACUGUAACAGCUUGUGCUGGUGUGAAGGUUACGCUUUUGAAGCCACAUAAAAUAGAAAAUGAGGUCGAUAAGGAUGGUAGUCCAGACUCAAAAAGACGAAAAAAGGAUAUAGUAGCUAUGGAUGUUACUCCACCUGUUAAGUCCCAUAGUGAACCACGACACAUUGUUCAGACCGUGAGCGAAGUAGAUAUAGUCAACGAUGGUCAGCGCUGGCGCAAGUAUGGGCAAAAAUUUGUAAAAGGCAAUCCAAAUCCGAGGAGUUAUUAUAGAUGCUCAAUUGCUGGUUGCCCUGUGAAGAAGCAUGUGGAGAGGGCAUCCCAUGAUCUAAAAUUGGUCAUUACAACAUAUGAAGGCCAGCAUGUCCAUACUUUCCUAACUUCUACGGCUAUAAGCCAAAUAUCAGUAGUGCCUGAUGCCGGUACAACAGGCGUACGUGCAGAUUCCAGAAUUGAAUCAGGUGGAAACAAACAUAUUAGGGAACCCAAACUUGAAUCAGGUGAAAACAAACAUGUUGAUGAGUCCAAACUUGAAUCAGGUGAAAACAAACAUGUCAGAGAGGCCAAAAAUGAAUCAAGCGAAAACAAACAUGUCGGAGAUUCCAGAAUUGAAUCAGGUGAAACUAAACACGUAGGAGAGUCGGGUGGAAACAAGCAUGUUGGAGAGUCCAGAUCUGAAUCGGGUGAAAAGAAACAUGUUGAAGAGUCCAUAUCUGAAUCAGGUGAAAACAAACAUGUCGGAGAGUCCAAAUCUGAAUCAGGUGAAAACAAACAUGUCAGACAGCCCAAACUUGAAUCAGAUGAAAACAAACAUGUCGGAGAGUCCAGAAUUGAAUCAGGUGAAACUAGACACGUAGGAGAGUCGGGUGGAAACAAGCAUGUUGGAGAGUCCAUAUCUGAAUCAGGUGAAAACAAACAUGUUGAAGAGUCCAUAUCUGAAUCAGGUGAAAACAAACAUGUCGGAGAGUCCAAAUCUGAAUCAGGUGAAAACAAACAUGUCAGACAGCCCAAACUUGAAUCAGGUGAAAACAAACAUGUCGGAGAGUCCAGAAUUGAAUCAGGUGAAAACAAACAUGUUGGAGGUUCCACAUCUGAAUCGAGUGAAAACAAACAUGUCGGAGAGUCCAAAUCUGAAGCAGGUGAAAACAACCAUGCUGGAGCAUCCAUAUCUGAAUCGGGUGAAAAUAAACAUAUCGGCCUUGACAUGGCUGUUCAUAUUGGUGCAAAUUGAGUGUUAGUCAUUGAUGCAAAGCGAUCAACUUAUCCAGAAGUAGAAUUCCUACAGCACCACUCUUCUAAUCUUACAAAUUUGUUCAAUUAUUCUCUUCCUGAAGAGGAGAAGAGAGGUUACAUUUCUAAAGGUAAACUUUUUAACUUGUUAUUGGCGAUGGGGGUGUGUUAUCGUGUAUUCACUGUAUAAAUUAUGUUUCGUAGCAAAUAGGAAAGUGAAUGUAGGGUUUAUCAUAAAUAACCAAUUAUUGACAGUUGAUCAGGCUGCUUUAGCUUUCUGUUA